GCGGACAGAGGAUCAACGACUCAAGAUGAGCGCUCGACUGCAGAUUCCAGCGGCUGUCCUGCAGAUCUGAGUAAAAACACUAUGGAGAGCGCAGCGCAAGCUCAGACUAACGGUGUGGACGCACAGAAACCCAGUGCAGGUGCAGCAUCAGGUGCGGUCGGAGGUGUGCAGGCGCUGCUCCCACAGCUGAACUUGACUCCAGCGCAGCUGUUGCAGACGCAGCUCCUGGCCGCGGUGCAGCAGUCGGCAGGCCAGCAGAGCAGCACCACUGGAGCCAGUAUCUCCGCCUCCGCAGCCACGCCCAUCACCCUGUCACAGCCCAUUCAGAUCGCCUCUCCGCAGGGUCUGAAUCUGCCGCAGUUUGUGUUGGUGCAGCCGGGUCACUCCAUCAGUACGCAGAUUCAGCCGCAGUUCAUCCUGUCUCCGUCUGCUCAGGGUCCGACCGGUCUGCUGCAGCCGCAGAGUCUGCUGACGUCUCUACCUCAAAGCCAGACUACACAGACCAGCAUCGCCCUCACUACACAGCUGCAGCAGAGCCAGAAGCCGUCCUCGGAGGAGAUCACACUGAUUGCGGAUCAGCUCAGCAUGGAGAAGGAGGUGGUGCGUGUGUGGCUCUGCAACCGCCGGCAGAAGGAGAAGCGGAUCUAUCCACCCAGCAGCAGCGCAGCGUCUCCUGCAUCCGCCAUCAAGACCAUCUACAGCACACAGACUGCAGCGGUGUCCAGCGGCUCGAACACACUGACGGUGAAUCCUGUGGUUCCUCUGAGCUCCAGCGGCCUCUCGAACCUCACGCUCAGCGGGGGUGCUCUGGGUCAUGUGACCUCCAACACGCCCUCAGUCAUCUCCAUGGCGCCCGCCAUCGCCACGCCUGCACCUGCUGUGACCUCGCAGACCCCGAGCUCCUCCGCCUCCGCUGGUAAACAGGAAAUACGCGCUGCCACUUCCUCUGCUGCCACACUCACACAGGGGGCGGGGCCGUUGCUGGUGACGGGCGCAGGACUGGGUGGAGCCAAUCUGACUACAUUCGCUACGGGUUUGAACCCCACCAUCAUCACACCGUCACAGCUGGCACAAGGGGGGGCGCUGCUGAGCCUGGCUCCUGCUCUGGGAAACACACUGAGUCCUGCGCUGAUGAACAAUAACGCUCUGGCCACUAUUCAGGCUCUUGCGUCAGGCGGUGCUUUCCCCCUGACGUCUAUUGAUGGGAACACCAGCCUGCUCUUCGCCAACACCAGCGCAGCAAACUCCACCCCCAGCCUGGUGACCACGCCCUUUUUCCUUAAUCCAUCCGGCCUUUCUUUGCUGCCGGCCAAUUUCCUGUCAGCAGGCGGGGCUGGAGGCGGAGCUCUCAACCUGCACCUGACCAGUGAUGUGCAGCAGAAUCUUGUUGCCACAACGACUAAGGGCGUGGCCCUGGCCUCGAAGGCUCAGUGAGCGUGUGCGGCUCCGCCCCCAAUCCUGUUGCUGUUACCAAAAACACUGUGAGCGCAGGGCUGACGCCGCCGCCGCCGGGCUGGACUCUCAGACUAACACCUGAAUUAACCAAAUACCAGACUCUUUUCCAGCGCCGCUGAUCUUUACCAGAGAAUAUUUGACCUAACAGAGUUUAUAUUGACUU